UCUCUCUCUCUUACUCCCUCACUUUCAUUUUUUGGGGAAACGCAUUGGAUAUGCGCCUGCAGAGUGUAUUUUAAAAGCAGCGACAUGUUGACUCUCGCAUUGCUGUUGGGAUACAUUCUGCCGGCACUUGGCGGCUACGUGCCACCAGGACCAAAGUUUACAUGCCCAAGCGAAGCAGCCUACUUACACCCGUGCAUGUGUGUCCGUGGUGGCGAUCAAGGUCUCUACGUCGAGUGCGAGAACGCAAAUUUAGCAAGUCUCAGUCUUGCAUUCCUUAACCUUGGAAAUGAGGAAAUGCCCAUAGAAGAGUUGACGAUCUACAAGUGUAAAAUUGCCAGAUAUUAUGGUCCGGCGCUUUACUCUCUGAGCGUUCGAGUCUUAAAGUUUAUAGAUACUCCGUUGAAAUUCAUCGAGGAGCACAGUUUUCUCGGUGUGAAUCGUACGUUACAGGAACUUCACGUAAUAGGUGGCUCAUUGGAGAAAUUUCCCAAGGAAGCACUGCAAAUUUUAGGAAAUCUCAGCGUCUUGAACGUGAGAGGUCAUAAAAUAAGCGAGUUACCGACUAAUAUUUUCAUAGAAAGUCUCGCGGCCUCCAAGAUUGAGCGCUUAGAAAUCAGCAAUGGUACUUUGAGUGCAUUACCCGUUGAAACCUUUGGACCGCUAAAGAAAUUGAAAUCGCUCGACUUGCAUGGAAAUCAGUUGAAAGACUUGAAAAAGAAUCAAUUUAAAGGAUUAAGAGAUGUAGAAACGCUCGAUUUAUCCUACAAUCAAAUCGACAAGAUCGAUGCAUCUCAUUUCGGAGAUCUCACGAAAAUGGGCUUUUGCAAUUUAUCUCAUAACGCAAUUUCUGACUUGAAAAGAGGCACAUUUGCGAGAAACUCUUUAUUGAAAGUUCUGAAUUUGAACAGCAAUAAGAUAAGGAAGCUCGACUCGAAUACUUUCCGAGGAAUGCGUUUAAUGAGACGUCUUUACUUGAGCAACAACCGAAUAUCCGAUGUAGGUCGAGGAACAUUUGGAACAAUGACGAGAAUCGGCACUAUUGACUUAUCUAAAAAUCUGAUUAAGAAAGUGGAUUACCAAAUGUUUUAUCAACUGCAGUACGCUGAGAUAAUCGACGUUUCGGAAAAUAUGGUUAGUAUUGUGGAAAAACUAGCCUUCAAAGAUCUAUUUUCGGCAAAAGUUAAUCUUUCUCACAACGCAAUUACAAAAAUUGAAAGUGGUGCUUUCGAAAAUUGUGCCAAUAUUUUAAUAUUGGACCUUAGUCACAAUAAACUGGAAAAUAUUUCGAAAAAUGCAUUCGACAGUACUACUUACGCCACUGAGUUGCAGUUCAGUUAUAAUUUUUUAACUUCUCUAAAUCAAGUACCUCUGCAUAACAUGACUGGUUUGAAAGUUUUGAACGUGUCACAUAAUACCAUACGAACCAUUCCACGACACACGUUCCCAAAACUUUAUGAACUUCAUACGAUCGAUUUGUCCUAUAAUAACAUAUCGGAUAUUUAUAAUGCUAUUUUUCAAACGCUAUUUAGUUUACGUUCAUUGAAUUUGUCGCAUAACUUGCUUGAAGAAAUUAAACCAUCGACAUUUGGACCCCUACCGACUUUAUUAGAUUUGGAUUUGAGUUACAAUCAAUUAACAGAUAUAUCUCGCGGAAGUCUCACAAGAUUAGCAAGUUGCAGAACGUUAACAGUAAAACACAAUCAAUUGACAAAGAUGUUCCUCAUACCAAUAUCCCUAGGACAUUUAGAUUUCUCGGAAAAUCUUUUGGAAGAAAUUCCAAGCACUGAUGUAUGGCCAUCAAUGAACGCGUUACUUUCGCUCGAUCUAUCGCACAAUCGGUUAGGUAACAAUCUCUACACAGGUAGUUUCGAAAGUUUGCUUACACUGAGGACACUGUACCUGCAGGCGAAUAAUAUCACUAGGCCACCGUGGGAAGCUCUGAGCAAACUGACUAGCUUACAGUAUCUUUAUUUGCAGGAUAAUAAUUUGACGUAUCUGAACAAAGCCUCGUUCGGUAGAUUACCCAUAGUCUUUGAAAUUAAUCUUGCUAAUAAUCAAAUUCGAAACGUAAGUGAGCGUGCAUUCGAAGGCCUUCUCCAAUUAUUGACUCUAAAUUUGACAAACAAUGAAAUCACGCAUAUUCCCAACGGUGCAUUCAGAGGUUUAUCGUCAUUGAGAACCCUAGAUCUUUCUCAUAAUCAAUUAGAAAAACUUGACAAUAAGACUCAUGGGCUCUUAGAUGAUUGUUUGUCCCUUGAAAGAAUAAAUAUGAGUCAUAAUAAAAUGGCAUUUAUCACGAGCCACACUUUACCGCAUGAUCCAUGGAUUCCUUACAAUAUAAAGGAAAUUGACUUUUCUUACAACAGUAUUCCAGUUUUAAAUUAUGACUUUACGCUGGGCACACGUAAAGUUGUUUUCAUGAAUCUGAGUCACAACAAUAUUCAUGACAUUCGAAAAUAUGUGCUUGGCAAUUUGACAUCGCUGCAAACUCUAGAUUUAUCUCACAAUGAAUUAACCGAUUUAUCCGAAGAGAACGUCUUCUCACCUCCACAAAACUUGACAAAUUUGAUUCUCAGUUACAAUAAAUUAAAUCAUCUUCCGUGGGAUAAAUUAGUACCUAUGCCAAACUUACAACUUUUAGAUUUACAAUAUAACGAUUUCAAUCAUUUCGACGACAAUCUGCUGAAAUUACUCAAAAAUGGAACUAGCCUCAAGUAUGCCGGCAAUCCUUUACAUUGUGACUGUUAUGUCCGCCCGUUGCGAAGAUGGCUCGAUACAUUUACAGAGGUGCCCGAGGAUUGGGGACAGGUUGAAUGCACAAGUCCCAGUUACGUUGCUGAUAUGAAUCUAGCGGAGGUCGAAGAGGUGCUAAUGAGCUGUAGCGAUAAAGAGGUUCUAGAGGAUCCGAAAUAUGACAUUUCCCCCGAUGUCAAGUAUCGAGACAUAGAAUAUGACGAGGAAACGAACACGUGGAAGGUAUCAUGGUACGUGGCCACUCGAGACGAUACUGGUGACUUUUAUCUGGUGGUACGCGAACCAGGUGGCAGAAAGAAUGUAUUGGAGAAGGACAUAGUUUACAAGGAACGAUCGUACAAGAUACGUGACCUGCCAGAUCCUAAUGCUAAAUAUGAACUUUGUGUCCUCGCCAGAGAUUCCGUGGGAAAUGUUAAACAUUUCCGAAGCUCGCAGUGCAGACUUUUAGAUAAGCAAGCCUUCAGCUCGGCCCACGGACAAUCGACUAUUAACAUUCUGCUCGUUCUUGCUCCCAUCAUUUUUGCCAAGCUGCUAUUGUAAAAAACAACAACACAUUGAAAAUAAUUAUAUUAUUACCACUCACUCUCAUCUCCAUAAUCCACUACAUUUUUAUAAUGAUUUGCUACGAGCAAAAAAUACGAGAACGCAAUGGUUUUUUGUUUCGCGUCGCAGCACAUUUA